GACGCCGCGAGUUCGUAACGCCCGUCCCCUCACAAACGCGUAGAGCGAGAAAGCGAGAAGAGAAGAGAGCAGCAAGCCCGCGAAGGGGAGAGAGAGAGCAACCGCACGGAGCGGCACAGAUGAAGGCGGAGAAGGCAGCGGUGGGCUUGGCCAUCGGCGGCGACGAGUGGCAGUGCCGGAAGCACCCGGCCGCAAGAUCCGGCGGUGGGGUGUGCCCGUACUGCCUCCGCGACAGGCUCCUCCGCCUCUGCCCCAACUGCGCGCACGUGCGGCCCUGCCCCUGCACGUCGUGCGCCUCCCCGUCCUCCUCCUCCUCGGCCUCCGGCGACACGGUUGGCCGCGUCCACAGCCUCAUCGAGCGGGAGCACCGGAUCGCGCGGUCGCGGUCCGUCGCCGCGGGCUCCUCCGUCGCGUUCGCCGCCCCCGCCGCCGCCAGCGGCCGAGGCGGGAGGCGAAAGGCGAGGGUUUGGGGUUGGCCGCCGUUCUGGAAGCCGGCGGCGAGGGACGGAGACGCGGAGCUGGAGGACGAGGAGGGCCUGGGGUUGCCGAGGUCGAGCUCGGUGUCCGCGACGGCCGUGGAGGCGAAGGCUGCGGCGGUUGCGGCGAGAGCGCGGUGGGGGUGGCACUUCCCGAGCCCGCUCAAGGCGUUCCGGCACCGAAGGUCGUCGACGAGCGUGCUGGGGCGGGUGUGAGGUACCUCGAGAUGGCCGGAAAGUGGGGGUCAUGUAGUCGAGGUGAUUAAUUAUUAGUUAACGCUGGAUUAGAGGAGCGAUCUCCUUUUCCUUUUGUGGUCGCGUGCCGCUAAUUUCAUGAUUAAGUUAGAUCAAACAUGGAAGCCUGUAGUUUGGGCGUAAUGUGUGCAUAUACCAGUGGGUGAUCACCUCAUGCUUCCUCACUUUCGUAGUGUGCUUCUACUACACUUUGUCACACCAAAUUGGGUAUUUUAAUCUCUCCAAGUUGAUCUUUUGCUGUACUACUACAUUACCCCCAUGAACUAUUCUGUCAUUUGCAUUU